CCACCGAAGCGCUCUCUCUCUCUCUCUCGGAAAGGUCAUGCCUCCAGCUGCUUCUUCGUGGCUGUCUUUGCUUCUUCGCUACAAAAACCACCACAGGUCCACAGCUAUAUUUAGCCGAGAAAGUUUAAAUUUAGCCUGCAAUGCCGAAUGCCCAAUGCUCUCUGCAACAAUCACAUCACCACCGUCCCUCUCUCGCUCUCUCUCACAAAGAGACAUACACUCCUUUCUUCCUGUAACCUGGAUUUCCUUUCAGCUGACACUGAUCACCUUUUUCACUUGAUAGUGUCCCCCGGCGCACGCUACCCCACCGGCCCCUUCUUCAUCAGUUUGUUGUACAAAAUUCUCUUCCAACUCUCGGAGAAGGUUCUGAUAAGUGUGCUAUGCGGGGACGUUAUGUUGAUGCAUCUUCGAUGUACAAACGUGGUGCAUCGAGGGACUAUAUAAAUGCAUAUGACGAAGAAGGAAGUUCGGUACAUUUUCUGAAUGGCAAAGAUAUUGGAAACCCCCCAUGGAGACGUUCUUUGCCACAUGUCCUUGUGGCAACUCUUUCUUCAUUCCUAGCUGGCUACCAUCUUGGAGUGAUAAAUGAGACUCUAGAAGGCAUCUCUUUAGACCUUGGCUUCAGUGGGAACACCUUGGCUGAAGGUUUAGUGGUGAGCACAUGUUUAGGAGGCGCCUUUGCUGGAUCUCUAUUCAGUGGUUGGAUAGUAGAUGGGGUUGGACGUCGAAGAGCAUUUCAAUUUUGUGCUCUACCAAUGAUAAUUGGUGCAUCCAUGAGUGCAACAACAAAAAGUCUGUGGGGUAUGCUUCUGGGGAGGUUAUUUGUUGGGACUGGGAUGGGUCUUGGCCCAUCUGUUGCAGCUCUCUAUGUGGCAGAGGUGUCACCAGCUUUUGUAAGGGGUACUUUUGGGAGCUUCCCUCAAAUUGCUACAUGUUUAGGACUUAUGGGAGCUCUUUUUAUCGGACUCCCAGCUAAGGAAAUAGUUGGUUGUUUGUAUGUACUCAGGUGGCGGAUUUGUUUUUGGGUAUCUGCCAUUCCUGCUGCAUUACUUGCUGUUUCCAUGGAGUUCUGUGCUGAGAGUCCCCACUGGCUUUUCAAGAGAGGGAGAGGUAUUGAAGCUGAAGCUGAGUUUGAGAAGAUUCUAGGAGGAUUACAUGUCAAAUCUGCAAUGGCGGAAUUGUCAAUGUCAGACAGAGGAGAUGAGACAGAUACCAUAAAGUUCUCUGAGUUGUUUUAUGGCCGUCAUUUCAAAGUGGUUUUCAUUGGAUCUACCCUUUUUGCUUUACAACAGCUAUCUGGCAUAAAUGCUGUAUUUUAUUUCUCUUCGACUGUCUUUAAGAGCUUCGGCAUACCUUCAGAUAUCGCAAACAUAAGUGUGGGGAUUGCAAAUUUAUUGGGGUCACUAAUUGCAAUGAUCUUGAUGGAUAAACUUGGAAGGAAGGUACUUCUUCUUGGAAGUUUUUCGGGCAUGGCGCUAUCCAUGGGACUUCAAGUAAUUGCAGCAAAUUCAUUUUCAUCAGGCUCUGGAGCGUUGUAUCUAUCAGUUGGUGGCAUGCUGUUAUCUGUCCUGACGUUUGCUCUUGGUGCUGGUCCAGUCCCUGGUCUCCUCCUUUCAGAAAUAUUUCCUGGCCAGAUUCGGGCUAAGGCAAUGGCGGUUUGCAUGGCUGUGCAUUGGGUAAUGAAUUUCUUUGUUGGUCUGUUCUUUUUGCGCUUACUGGAGCAAAUAGGGGCAGUAGUACUGUAUACAAUCUUUGCUGCCUUUUGUCUGCUGGCUGUGUUUUUUGUGAAGACCAAUGUCUUGGAAACAAAAGGAAAAUCACUCCAAGAAAUAGAAAUUGCGCUUCUCCCACCCGAGUAGAGACAGAUAACUCACAUUUAAUGUUCUCAUACCACUGAAGUCUGUUCUCUCCAAGUUCUGUUUCAAAGUGAUCAUCUUUCCCAAAUGAGGCUGUGGCUGGAGAAGUGAGAACUUGGGAAGGACACAUUCAUCGAAUGCUCACUCUUGAGGGCCU